UAUGUCUUCUGAAAAUAAGGAAAUAAUUGAGGAUAAAAUUUACAAAUAACAAACUCAUAUAGAUUAAUUAGCAAGGAAAUCUUUUAUUAUGAGAAAGAUAGAAUAGCCAAAAGAUGAACAAGAAUUGUAAUUGCUUAAAAGAAUUGAAAAGUAUUUAUGACCUUUUUAGAAAGGGCACGCUAGGAAAGAGAAGAAACAAAAAUUAUUCAAUCUAGGUCGAUUUCAUCUCCUUAAUUUUGGUAGGUCUUCAUGAAAAGACACUAUGAUUUAGGUGCUUGGCUUUUAUUGGAUGUUACAACUAAUUUUGCAUUGUAAUAAUAUUAUCUUAAAAUUGAUUAGAUAUUUCUUUGACACUAUAAGAGUCAGAACAUAAGCAUAUAAUAAAUAUAUGGAUAUAUCUCAUUUCAAUUAAAAUAAUGUCAAAAAUCUUCCUAUAUAUUCUGGGCUUCAUUAUAAAUUAUCUUAUAUAAUUCUAAGUGAUAUUUUGAGAAGUUUUACUAAUUAGGUUAGAUAUCAAUUAUUUAUGGAUCCCUCUUCUUAAUUUUCUGUAAUUUAUUAUUACUAUUAUUUUAGAACUACAAUUAAUUAACUAAAAUAUUGAUACAUGGAUUAAUUGCAGAAACUACCAUCACAACAUUAUUAUUACCAAUAGAAAUAAGAAAGAUGAUAGUUUAAAUGGGUUCUUUUGAUGCAAACUUGAAUCAUUACAUAAAAUCUUAUAUGAGAUGCUAUUUCCCAGCUUUAAUUAGAGAUUCUCUAUUUUUUGUAAGUCACUCACUUACAUAUAAUUUACUUAUGUAUGGAGAUCAUUAUGUAACUGCACUAUUCAGAUCUGGUGAAUUUACUCCACCACCUGUAAUAAUAAUUUAUCAUAUAUGUUUAUAGACUAUUUUGAGAGGUGAAAGAGAAAGGAAGUUUACUUGCAUAUUAGGAUCUUUAGGAUUGUCCAUUUUACUCACAAAUCCAUUUGAUGUCUUAGUCACUAAAUUGGCUACUUAAAGAAAUGUAUUGAUUUAUUAUAAAAUUUAGGAAGCAUACACUAAUCCAUUCUAAGCAUUCAAAUUCAUAACUUCUUAGGAAGGAUGGUCUAAGCUUAUUGCCAGUGCCAUAUCUUAAAGAAUUGGUUUCUACUUCCUAAAAGGACUAGUGUUCUUUAGUUAUUAGGAUCGUGUAUAUUCUAUGUUCCAUGAUGCAUUUAAUUAUGAGUGACU